AUGAAAGCCAUCGUCGCUGCUCUCUUCGUCUCAGCUUGUGCCGCAGUACGCCACACGGGCAGCAGCCCGGAGAGCCCGCAGCCAGGACUAAUCUACCCGUACGUGCUGCGAUCCGCGAGGAUGUCCGAGGAAGACCUCGAAUGGUUGAGAGACUACGCAGCCCCUGAAUGCGUAGACUCGAGCAAGACGCAGAUGUGUGAGUGCAUCGGUGAUAAGGCCGCGGCCAAGUGGCCCGGCUACGGAAUCCAGGUCAUGAUGGGCACGGGUGGUCUGGGCCACUGGCAGCGAGUCGCUGGCGCUUAUGCCAUGCUCAUGUGGGAUGAAGGGACAUAUAUCUGGUUCAUGCGCCAGCCCGGUCCCAAGAAGUGCGAGGAGCCGCCGCAAGCUCCGCUGCCACCCCCGCGAUCAAAGCACGCUGUUCCGCCUCCACCAGAGAAGGAUGCGUUGCCACCUCCGGCUCCGCAGGAGAAGGAGGCUUUGCGACCUCCGCGUGCAAAGGGGCCGGUACCUCUAGCAAAGGACAUGAUGAAGCCUCUGCUGGGGAAGGCUCCUACUGCCGGAUCCGCCGGAAAAUCCUCGGCACCGCCUCCGGACUCACUGGACGAUGACUCCUUCUGGGCAAAGCUCGGCACAGCUGACUCCGCAGACUCCACUGAGACCGGGUCGACGAAAGUGUCAAGUGGGAAGCCGCCUCCUGGUGUUCUGGUAGGCAAGCGGGUGCUUCCCGACUCCUUCUGGGGCUCUGCUGGCCCACCGAAAUCGGCUAUGUCGGGCACGUCGGGGCAAACAGAGCAGUCGUGGUGGAGUUCCGUGUAUGACCAAAGCACCCAAGGGAGCACCCGUCGCAGCACUCAACAAGGGUCGGAGCUGUCAGGUGGAAAGCCGCCUCCACCGCCUAGAGGGAAGUAG